CCGAAACUAAAUUCAUUCAAAGGAAGAAAUAGAACUCGUCUUAUAUCAGGAUUUGAUGAGCCUGGAUAUAUUUGUUUUGGUUGUGGCGGUGGUUGUUGUUGUGAUUACGUGCGCUGUAUGGUUUAGCAUAAUGACGUCAAAUACAAUAACUGUCUGCGAAGCAUGUGAAUUCAGAGGUGUCAAAGAAGAAGCACUGGUUUGGUGUCAUGAUUGUGAAGAAGCUUUUUGUUCAAAGUGUGCAGAGCACCAUGGGAGCGCUAGAAAAACACGAGAACAUAUGGCCAUUCCAAUGGUCAAUUACAAACAAUUACCUCCUAUCAUCAGACAAUUUAGCUCUAACUGCGAACAGCAUAACGCACCAUUUCAGAAUUACUGCAUUACCCAUGAGCAAUUAUGUUGCAGAAAGUGUAUUGAUCCUUUACACAGUCGCUGUACAAGUUUGCCAGCUAUAGAUGAUUUCCUAAAAAAUACAAAAAGAUCAUUUUUGACUGAGCAAUUGUCAGAGGGUUUCAAAGAUAUUCAUUCCUUCUGUGAAUAUAUGGUCAAAGAAAAGACACAGAACUUAAGACAGCUACAUUUGGAAAGCAAUCAAAUUGAAAACAGAAUUAAACAGAUACGAAAACAGUUAAACGACCAGUUAGAUACUCUAGAAGCAAAACGAAAAACAGCCUUUUCAACCCAUAAAACAGAUAUCAAUAAAGUCAUCGAACAACUCGCUAAACACCAACAAUGUGCGAAAGAAUUUAAUGACAGUUUACCUUUUAUGACCGAAAAUGCUUCCAAUAUGCAGGUGUUUUUAGCGUCGAAAAAGUUUGAACAGGACUUGCAGAAAGCAGAGGAAUCUGUCACUUCUCUACAAACACGAGGCGCUUUGAAUAAUAUUGCUUUUUGUUUAGAUGAUAUUAUGGUUAAGAAGAUAGAUAAGAGUGAUAUUAAACUAGGUUCUUUCUCUGUAAAAACUUUACCCGCAAGCAAAACGUAUGUUAAACGAAAGGCUAAGGAAAUACAAAUGUUCAUGGUUACACAAAAACCUACAAUUAACAGUGCCAAACUUACUUUACAACGAAAACUAUCAUUACCAGAAGGCAUGAGCGUGACGGGGUGUUUAUUACUACCUGGAGGUGAUAUUAUUAUCACAGGUGAUUUUUAUGUUGUAUUUCUAAAUCCUAACGGAAGUGUGAAUAUAAAAAUGCAGCUAAGAAUGGCGUACGAUGUCACUUGUAUAGAUGAUAAUAGGCUUGCAGUCACUGAUGAUGCCGAAAUAACAUUCAUUAAUAGGGAACGAAAAGAAGUUAUUAAACGCGUACGAGCUGAAGGCUAUGGGUUUGGUAUUUCACAUUCUAAUGGAUCGAUUAUCUACACAACCGAUAAAUCUAAAGUCAAGAAAAUGGAUUUGCGCACAGAGAGAAUUACCACGCUAAAUGUAGGAGACCCAAUUUACCAGUCUUAUGUUGUAGGCACGGAAAAUAAGAUUUUUUAUUCCAACUGGCAGGAACACACUGUUAUCUGUUACGAUAUCAAUGGUUCUGCUCUUUGGAAAUUCAAGGACGAAACUGUUUUGCGAAAUCCAAGCGGAAUAUCAGUCGACAACAAUUGUAAUGUUUUCGUGGCCGGGCUGAAAUCCAACAACAUCGUUGUAUUGUCACCUAAUGGAAAGCUGUUCAAACAGAAAUCAUUGAAUGAAGAUGGUAUCAGCAACCCAAGGGCGAUAAGUCUUGAUAAAGAAAAUAAAUUGUUAUUAGUAUGCUCAGAGAGAUCAUGCAGUGCUAUUUAUAAAAUUGAAUAAAUAAUAAAUAUUACAAUGCAGGAUUACUUAACAUUGUAGAAUUGUUGAAGCUCUUUUCUUUUUUUGCUACUCUAUUAAAUUUAUCUGCGCAG